CUCUCCCUCCCUCCCCGCUUUCGGCAGUGGGCGAAAACACAUACCCUUGGCAUACGACGAACUCAAAGCCGGUAACGCAUUUAUUCUCGCCGGUGAGUGUUUAAAAAUUCAGACAACUAUGUCGAUGGUGGACGAGCCCUUGUACCCCAUAGCAGUACUGAUAGAUGAGCUGAAGAAUGACGAUAUCCAAUUGCGGUUAAAUUCUAUAAGAAAGCUUUCUACAAUUGCCCGUGCUUUAGGCGAGGAGCGUACCCGGAAAGAGUUAAUUCCUUUCUUGAGUGAAAACAAUGAUGACGACGAUGAGGUCCUUCUUGCGAUGGCUGAAGAGCUAGGUGUGUUCAUUCCUUAUGUUGGAGGGCUGGAGCAUGCCCAUGUGUUACUACCCCCUCUAGAAACUCUUUGCACUGUUGAGGAAUCAUGUCUGAGGGACAAAGCUGUGGAGUCUCUAUGCAGGAUCGGGUCACAGAUGAGAGACUCAGAUUUGGUUGACUGGUUUAUUCCUCUUGUUAAGAGGCUGGCAGCUUGUGAAUGGUUCACUGCUCGGGUUUCUGCCUGUGGAUUGUUUCACAUUGCUUAUCCUAGUGCCUCAGAGAUGUUGAAGGCAGAGUUGAGGUCAAUAUAUAGUCAGUUAUGUCAAGACGACAUGCCUAUGGUUAGGAGAUCCGCCGCUACAAACUUGGGGAAGUUUGCUGCUACCGUAGAACCAUCUCAUCUCAAGGUUGAUAUCAUGCAAAUAUUUGAGGAUCUUACACAGGAUGAUCAAGAUUCUGUUCGUUUGCUUGCUGUCGAGGGUUGUGCUGCUCUUGGCAAAUUGUUGGAACCCCAAGACUGUGUUGCACAUAUUCUUCCUGUCAUUGUCAACUUUUCUCAGGACAAGUCAUGGCGCGUUCGCUAUAUGGUUGCUAAUCAGCUGUAUGAACUAUGUGAAGCUGUGGGACCUGAACCUACCAAGACGGACUUGGUUCCAGCAUAUGUGAGGCUACUUCGUGAUAACGAAGCUGAAGUACGUAUUGCAGCUGCUGGCAAGGUCACCAAGUUCUCUCGCAUUCUCAGCCCAGAACUUGCGAUUCAGCAUAUUCUUCCAUGUGUGAAGGAGUUGUCUUCAGAUUCUUCUCAGCAUGUUAGGUCUGCUCUAGCCUCUGUUAUAAUGGGCAUGGCUCCAGUUUUAGGGAAGGAUGCGACUAUAGAACAACUUCUCCCUAUAUUUCUAUCACUUCUGAAGGACGAGUUUCCAGAUGUACGCCUGAAUAUCAUUAGUAAGCUAGAUCAAGUAAAUCAGGUGAUCGGAAUCGAUCUUUUGUCCCAAUCUUUACUACCGGCAAUUGUUGAACUUGCUGAGGACAGGCAUUGGAGGGUUCGAUUGGCUAUAAUUGAAUAUAUACCUCUUUUGGCAAGUCAGUUAGGUGUAGGGUUUUUCGAUGAUAAGCUUGGUGCCCUAUGCAUGCAAUGGUUACAGGACAAGGUUUACUCCAUUAGAGAGGCUGCUGCUAACAACCUGAAGCGCCUUGCAGAAGAAUUUGGUGCUGAUUGGGCGAUGCAGCACAUUGUUCCACAGGUCUUGGAAAUGGUCAACAACCCGCAUUACUUGUAUCGCAUGACCAUUCUCAGUGCGAUUUCUCUACUUGCUCCUGUUAUGGGAUCGGAAAUUACUUGUUCUAAGUUGCUCCCUGUGGUCAUUACUCUAUCCAAGGACAGAGUGGCGAAUAUCAGGUUUAAUGUGGCGAAGGUGUUGCAAUCUUUUAUUACCAUCGUUGAUCAAUCCGUGGUGGAGAAAAGCAUUCGGCCAUGCCUGGUUGAGCUGGCAGAGGAUCCAGAUGUGGAUGUCCGUUAUUUUUCAAAACAAGCUCUUCAGGCUAUCGAUCAAGUGAUGAUGUCGACCUAACUUUGAAUUUGAUGUGUCGGUUGCUAGAAUUGUUCUUCACUUUUGACUUGUAUGGCCGUUGUUGUAAUGUCAAUGUGCCCCCUCCCCCUCCCCCUAUACAAAGCACCAAACAUAAAUACCAUUAGCCUCUCCCUUUUUUCACUUCAUUUUGUUUUUUUUCUUCCUGAUUUUAUCAGACUCCGAUGAUUAAAGAUCCUUGUUUUUGUCAUUCAAA